UAAUAUUUCUUGACAGUUGGCCUUGUUGUCAUUUUGCAACUUGGAUUACUGUUCAUCUUUUUAAGAGCCUGGUUUUUCAACGCUAGUGUGUUUGAAAUAGUUUUGAGGUUUUGUGGUUGCUGUUGACGCUCUUACGGAACUUCGAACAUACCAGUUUCCUUUUGGUUUAGUGAACUGGCUGGGCCUUUCGAAUGCACGCAGUCCGUGGAAGUGCCCAAGCAGACUUAUUACUAGAAAAGAAUCCCAUCUGGAAUUCAGACAGGUGGCCCAUCUCAGUACCUCCCUGAGAAGUCUGGCUUUUUCAGUACUACAUGACAGAGGGAAUCUGAAAACAACUUUAAAAUCACAGAAUUGCAAGAAGUAUUGCACUUCAAAUAUGUGAAAUAAAUAUAAUGUAAACUUUAAAAAAGCGACUUCUGAAAUAUGGCUGACCACAACAGUUCUUCCUGCAGUCCUAUAUUGACACCCCAUUUAACCAGGCUCUACUUCAUAGUGCUCAUUGGAGGACUGAUGGGCAUCAUCUCUAUUUUGUUCCUGCUGGUGAAAAUGAACACGCGGUCAGUGACUACCACAGCAGUCGUUAACCUGGUGGUGGUCCACAGUGUUUUCUUGGUGACAGUGCCUUUUCGCCUGACAUAUCUCAUCAAGCACAUCUGGACAUUUGGGUUGCCCUUCUGCAAAUUUGUGAGCGCCAUGCUACACAUCCACAUGUACCUCACAUUCCUGUUCUAUGUGGUGAUCCUGGUCAUCAGGUACCUCAUCUUCUUCAAGCGCAAGGACAAAGUGGAAUUCUACAGAAAACUGCAUGCUGUGGCGGCCAGUACUGGCAUGUGGCUGCUGGUGAUUGUCAUUGUGGUACCCCUGGUUGUUUCUCAGUAUGGAAAUUCUGAGACGUAUGAUGAGAAACACUGUUUUAAAUUCCACAAAGAACUUGCUCGUGCCCAUGUGCAAGUUAUCAACUAUAUGAUAGUCACUAUUGUUAUAGCCAUUGCAGUGAUUCUCUUGGUCUUCCAGAUCUUCAUCAUUAUGUCAAUGGUCCGGAAGCUACGCCACUCCUUGUUGUCCCACCAGGAGUUCUGGGCCCAGCUGAAAAACCUUUUUUUUAUAGGAGUCAUCCUUGUUUGCUUCCUUCCCUACCAGUUCUUUAGGAUCUAUUACUUAUAUGUGGUGGCACAGUCAAGUGACUGUAACAACACUGUUGCAUUUUAUAAUGAAAUCUUCUUGAGCGUAACAGCAAUUAGCUGCUUUGAUUUGCUGCUCUUUGUUCUUGGGGGAAGCCAUUGUAGACAAAAGAUAAUUGACCUAUGGAAUUGCUUUUUGUGCCGCUAGCCACAAACCACAGUAUUCAGAAUCCCUUUAUGUUGGGAGUAAAAAUGGGCACAGAGAGGCAGGAAGCGUUAUUUCCUUACUUGAUUAAAACCAUGCCUUGAUGCAGCCAAACAAAAAGACUAUAAAAUGUCAGAGCAUUCAUUCCAGUUCUUAUUUAAUCCCUGCCAUCUCUAAAUGAUGUCUAUAGAAAGACUAGUGAUGUUCAGUCCUCUUGGAGCUGCACUACAGCAUUAUUUUCCAGUAUAAAAUGUCUACAUGGCCCAUGUAGGUACCAUGGGUUUAAUGGUUUCUGAGUUUCACCAGCUUAUUUUGGUUUCAUCAGUUUGAAACAUGGUCUUUUUCAAGCUUUGGACAGAUUUAGUCCUCUAGUUCUUUUCGUUCCACUUAACCUUAGGUAAAUUAAUCCUGGCAAUGAAUCAGCCCCAAAGGCACAAACUCUACUUGGUUAACCAGAUAAGAUGUCCAUUCAAUUCCCACCCUGACAAAUAACAGAUAAGGGUGGAGAGCAGUAAGACAUUUUUCUAGAUUAUCAUAACUUUGGUAGGAAGUCACUUAUCUAGCAAUAAAGAGAAACAGAACUCCUUGCAGCCUUCUGCGGUAACAAGGCUAUCUAGAUUUGUCCUUUAAAAAGUCAAGUUUAAGAACAUGGGAUCAACAUCCUCAAUAAAUCCAAAAAUCAUUAAAAAGUUUACUAAACAUAUAUAAAUGAGGGUGAAACUAUAAGUUAAAUAAUAUUCCUCACCAAUAUGCUGGUAAGCAUUAAAAUGAGUUCCUAAGGAAAUGAUUAAUUUUUUCCCCUUUAUGCUUUUUGAAAAUAACUCUAGAUGUCUUGAGCCACAGUUAAUUUAGAUUUUCCUUGGAAACAGAAUGUUAUACAUUUUAGAGUUCCCUUCUACCCUUAAAGUUACAAGUCUUUAAACAAAAACAAUAUUCUUAAAAAAGACCUUUUGAGAAAUCUAAAUAAAAAUUAAUUUAAGGGGCACCUGGG